CAAAAGGUGAUGAGUGGCAACAGAUAGCUGCAGUAAUAUUUUCAAGUUCUUACCAUUCGUACUAGUGUCAACAUUGUCGUGUAGUUUACUUUGUGAUAGUCAAAAUGGCAGAAAAAUCGAUGCCUUCGGACCCAAGCAGCGUGAGCUUCGUCAACAACCAGCCACCACCUCCACCAUACUCCGGCACUCAAGCAGGACCCAGUACUGUGACAUACGUCGCCGCGACCCCCGUGGUCGUGCCAGUGGCACAGGUGCAAAUAGUCAGAUCUAUGGGCCACAAUUCCUCGUCAUAUAUCUGCAGAAGUUGUAAUAUGAACAUUAUGACUAGAACUCAAGUGAAAGCAAAUACGAAAACUCAUCUGUUCGCCCUUCUUUUGUGUGUAUUAGGGUUGUGGCCCUGUGUGUGUAUCCCGUACUGCGUUGAUUCAUGCCAGAGCGUAGAUCACUACUGUCCUAAUUGCAAUGCCUACAUUGGAGUUUCUAAUUAACUUAAAUUUAAUUGUUUAAUAAUUAAAAAUAAGUUUGGAUUGUAAUUUGUUAUUUAUCGCUGUUAAUUAAUUUGUUACAGAUAUGGAGUUGUAAAUAUUAAUUAUAGUAGUUUUAAUUACGUAAGAUUUAAUAAACUAAGCUAUCGUAAUGAAAUUAAGUAAACUUAAUAUUAC